UAGGGUCCCAUUGGAGACGCACCAUUAGGAGAUUUUCUUUCCUCUUGCAAAAACCUACCGUGGGACUCCCCCCCCUCUACUAUUGUUUUUGUGUUUUCCAGCAAUAUUUUUUCCUAAUCUCCUAUACACGUUGUCGAACAUUCGCUUGUUUCUUGGCUGUUAAUGUUAAAGUUUUAAUCAAAAAGAUUCUUCUAAAUUAAUAAAAAUGAAAAACAAAUUAUACAUUUAUUUUGCUUUAUUCAUAAUUUCUUGUGGAUAUGAAAGCACAUGUGAGGAGUUAAUUUUGAAACCAGAGACGCCGAAAGACAAUGAUAAAAAGUACAUAAUUUCAUUGUCAAAUUACGAUGAAGAAGAUCCUAAACCACAGGAAUUUAGUAAUCAGGAUUUUAUACCCGCAAAUAGCAAUGUCACAUUUCUUGUAACUGACAUUCCUAAAUUUAUUUCGUUUAUAAUUUUUCAAAUUCACUCAUUUCAGAGUAAUGUUACUCUUUCAUAUAGCGAGAAAGUAUCAGUUUCUAAUGAUAGUAUAUCUGGUUCAAAUAUUGGAUUGUAUUAUAAUACUAAUGGUAAAUCUUCCAUUAACAUGUAUGUAUUGAAUAAUAAUAACAAAACAGUUGAAGCACUUUUUGUUGUUUUAUCAUACAAAAAUGACGCUCCAAUUCCUGGAGGAUGUAACAUGGAAUUUAAUAUGGAAAUUUCACCAUUUCAAAAAGUAUUUGUUACAAAUUCAAUGAUUUUUGUUGAUGCUCAGGCAUCAUCUGCGCCGAUUAAAAAACAAAAUAUUUCUUGUGACAAAAAUUUAAUUGAACACGAUGCUUAUCAUUUUUUUCUACCUGGACAGGAUUUCACUAGUGAAACAUAUUUUUCUGCCAUAAAGAAAUUAUUGACACCUGAAAAUAUUAUGCGAAACGGUGUUAAAAUUCCCAAAUCAUUAAUUGGUUCAUCAAUGAGAAGAGUUUAUAGUGCAUAUCCAGGCGUUGGUUCUGUCUAUGCAAUGGUGGCAACAUACAAAAAUCAAUCUGCUGCAUACGUGCCAUCUUUUACUUAUGGUUGCUCCUCCAAUUCUUUGGAUGAUUGUGGUUCAAUGCUACCAAAUGCACUAUCAAAAACCGUAUGUGCUUUAAUGAUCAUUCUUGGUGGAUAUCUAAUGUUCAAUGGUCAUAUGACACCGAAUGGUACAAUUUUCAUUUUUUCUUGUUUGGGAGGAGGCUUAGUGGGAUAUAUUUUGUCAAUUGUCGCAGGAACACUUGAUCCAUCAAAUACAAUAUGGAUUGCUAUUGGUUCAGGUUUAUUAUUUGCAUUGUUGUGGCAAAUUUUAUCCUGUUGCUUCUGCGGAGGAACAUCAAGAAUUUUUUCUAACAUAUUUUUAGCAUUUUUCUUUUUCUGUAUUGUCUACUACAAAUUACCAGAUAGAGCACUCCCGUUUGAAAAUGAUUUUUACUUUUCGGCAUUUUUAUUCGCAAUUACAUUGCUUUUAUUUAUAUUAAUUUCCAUAACCGUAUGUCUGUCUGGUGUUUUAUGUUGUUCGAUUCUUGGUUCGUAUUUAUUAAUCGUUGCUCUUGAUUAUUAUAUUGGAUCAACUUUGAAGUACAUUAUUAUAAAUGUCAUAAGACGAAUUACCAUUUCUGGUUUUGAUGUAGCUAUUAUAAGUCCACCAUUUGGUACACAAGAAAUUACACUCACGGUAUUUUGGGUUAUUUUUGCUUCAAUAUCAGUUUUAAUUCAAAUGAAAAUUUGUUGUGGUAAAAGUGGAUAUUUAACCAUACCCGUUGGCUACAGGGAUAAUUCUGGUAAUGUUCAUUUUGCACCAUGGCGAGAUAAUUUUAGAGCUCAUCGAAAUCUUCGCAGAAUGUAUCGAUAAUUUGGAUAACAUGUGAUUUAACCUUGAAGAAAACUUAAUGUUUUUCUACACAUUCAUUUACGUUUUUUAUGAGUUAAAAUUUUUUUUUUUUUUUUCAUGUUAGAAGAGGAUUUUUUUUGUAGAUAAAUAGAUAAAGACUAAAUACGCGGUUUAAAAAUGUUAAACCUAAAAACAUGUUGAACUUAUCCUUUUUAAAUGAUUCAUACUCGUUCUAAGACUAAAAUUUUUGUUAAGUAAUAUUAAUAAUUAAUAUUUUUAAGUAAUAUUGAUAUUAAUUACAAAGAUAUGAAAUAUUUUCU